UUUAUAAAUUAUUUCAGACAUAUUUAGGGACAAGUAUGCAUGUUGUAGCUUGGGAUGACAUCCAAGUCAACUGCAGAAGAAGUGGGAAAUGCCAGCAAGGACAGGAGGCUCCAAAUCGGGACCCAUCGGGGUUUGCUGAAUGGCAUGACUUCCACCCCCAUCAAAGGUGAAGCAGAAGAUGGCAGCAUGGAUCGUGGGUGUGUAGUUAGGCAACUUUUUGGACAUCAGCCCAGGAGUGGUUCUAAAGAGAGAGAGGAGCGUGAAAAUGCCUUGGAGAUAUCCACUGUUUCUAGCAUCUCAGAGCAUGGCGAAGAAAGUGCUGGCUCACAUACGAGGGACUUUUCCCUGCAGGCCAAGGAAAUCAUUCAGCAGUGCAUGACGAAUCUCAUGUCCCUUCUUCACAAUGACAAGACUAGUAGCAGCAUCAGAACAGCUGAUGAAGUUGAAACUCCAGGGUCCCAGCCAGACCAAAGAGACACUUCAAUAAAUGCAAAUGGAGUCUUCCACAGUCACACAUAUGUGCCCACCACUUUUGAACGGACUCUCUCAAAUACAGAUCUCCCUGUAGGUGUUGCAGGAUCCCAUUUCCUGAGUGAUGUGUCUCUGCCCAGGAAUGGAGAUGUGACAGGCUAUCUUGGUCCAUCUGGGGAUUUGACUGCAUGGUCCACUCUUCAGACAACUGCGAAUCACACCUGUGGUCGGAAUCGUUACUCAGAUUGGGUCUCUCAUGUUUUUGAAUCUCAACUCUUAUGCCAGAAACUCAGACUUGAAGCUCACUUCCAACAGAAACUCUUGAGCCUCUCUGAAGAGAAGUCAAGGGAGGUGGCUCACCUUCAUGAGAAGUAUCAGAGGAGGAUGCAGGAAUACGAAGGUGUGAUUCGGGAUCUGGAACAGCAGAUUCAGCGAGGUGCAAAGGAUUUCAUCCGACUGAACGAUGUAAAGAACAAGCAGAUCAAAGAGCUCACAAAACUCCUGGAAGAAAGACAGAGGACUGUCACUGUAAACCAAUUGCCAUUAAAGGAUGGAGAGCAGGAAUUUGCAUGGGAGAUGGAGAGAUGUGACAUAGAGAAACGUCAUGUUGAGCAACUAAAGACCCUCAUUCAGGAAUCUAAUGGAAAAUUGAGGGAAAUGCAAGACCAGUACCAGAAUCAGGCCAUUGCCAUGGGUGCAGAACUUGAGCUCCUGCGGGAAACCAAGAAGAGACUGGAAGAAAGGCUGCAGGAAGUAGAAAAUCGUCCCCGCCUGAAGGACAGAAGUGAAGGGGGAAGUCAGAGGUGCUUGAAUAAUUCAGAAUCGAAAGGAACACAGACUUCUCCAGUUGUCUUCCUGGAAAAAGAUCACAGGCCAACUCGGGUAGAAGACCAAGUGGCAAUGUUUAAAGGAAGGGAGAAUAGCAGUGAUGACAUGGUCCUCUCUGGGUCCUUAAACUCAUCCGAACGUGCCGAUUCGAUGAGCACCUCUCGGAGACGGAGUGGGAACGAAAGUGGAGAUCUGGCUGCCAUCACAUCUCGACUUCGCAAGCAGGUCCUCUAAGAAGUCUUCUGCCUCUUCCACCUCCAGUGAUGGAAGACUGAAGGUGUUCGAGAAGAAUCUCUCUCAUGUAUGCAAUUCUGGAACAGGGAAGACAACUACACCAUAGUUGAAUCUGGAUAGCAUAAUCUCAAGCCCUUCCUUUGCCUUACAUAUCCAAUUCUGUACUCUUCCAUUAUAAGUGUGAUAUCAUUUUCGGUCACUGUGAAUUACAAUGCACCGGUACUGUCCCUCUUUUAUACUGAAUUUUUUCUUCUCUGAUUAAAGAGAUGCUACUUAA